AGCAACAAGAAUCUGCAGCCAGCCUCUCAUAGUUGUUCUGUACAAAAAAAUGAAGCCGAAGAAGAGAGAAGAGGUGAAGGAUGAGAGAGAAAACUCAAUCUGAUCUGUUGAAGUGCAAGACAAAUCAACCUGAGGAUCCUGGAGAAACUGCGCUGUGAAUGAGAGUGAAAUUAGCUGUAUUUAUCUUAAUAAGCUUUGUUGGAACAGCUUGGUAACGUACAAAUCUUUUGCCUUUAUGCAUUUUUAGUUUUUCUUUGCAUGGACUGGCAAUGAUGCAGAAGAUUCAAGCUUAAUAAUGAAUUCAUUAGGAUUUUUCCAUUGCUAAUUUGAUGAAUGUGAUCAUCAAUCACAGGAUCACGUUUCUACAUUAAGACCAAAUGCAUGAUGCAUUUUGAAACUUUGCAACCUCUGUUCAGAGUUUAACAACACUAUGGAAGAUUUGUCUGCAUCCAAUCAGGAGGCAAUAAACAAAGACCCUCUGAUGGAUGAUGCCAAGAGACGCAGCAGUCGGCAAAGACUCAAAAUGUCUUUAACCCACGGCGCUAAGGACGCUACGACCGCAUUUGUUCUCAGAACAAAAGUCCACGGGCUAAAACACGCAUUUUCACCAUACAAAUCUAAAACCCAACGCUUGUUUUGGCUCCUGGCUAUUUUUGUCUGUUUGGGGCUCCUCUUCACAUGGUCGUGGAAUCGAAUCCUGUAUCUUCUUUCCUACCCGGCCGUGACCAAGAUCUACAUGGUAUGGUCUCACAACAUGACGUUUCCGGCCGUUACGUUCUGCAACCAGAACCUCCUCCGCGUGUCCAACCUCACCAAAGCUGACCUCUACCACAGCGGCUACUGGAUGGACAUCAUGCACCUGAACCACACGGUCAACCGCCAGAGCGUUUCCAUGCUCAAACACAGUCGACACCGCGAGAGGAUGCUGCAUCUUCUGGACUUCUCCAACUACAGCCCGCCUCCUGACUACCAGCUCAACACCACAGAGAUGAUUGACAGGCUGGGCCACCAAUUAGAAGACAUGCUGCUGGCCUGCAGGUUCCGGGGUGAAAACUGCACUUACAAGAACUUCACCCCUGUAUGUAAACAGUGCUUUCACCGCGAUCAACAGUUGUCCGCACUUCUGAUGCCACAUUUGGAUUUAACAUCCAUAAGCCAGUAAAGCAAGUCACAGUUGUAAUG